AUGGACUAUGACGAUAGUUUAUUGGCAUCACCAAGAUUAAAUUUACCACCUCCACCACCAAUGGAUUUUGGAAAAUGGGAUAACAACAACAACAACAAUCAUUCUUCUCCUACAAUGGUGGCACCACCACCUCCUGUUUUUGAUAUUGGAUCACUUCCACCUCCAGCCAUGGAUUUUUCUUCUUUACCUCCUCCCCCUCUUGUUGAUCUAGCUCUUUUACCACCACCAAUCGAUUUUGCCAUAUCCUCUUCUUUACCACCUCCUCUAUCAUCAUCAACAUCGACAACACCAUCAACGAUAGAACUUGAAAAAGCAGCAAUUAAAAUACAAUCUUGUUGGCGUGGUCAUUGUGAAAGAAAACAAUUCAAAAAACUUAGAUUGUCAAUCAUUAUCAUUCAAAAAUUAUAUAAAGGUUGGAUUGCCAGAAAAGCCUAUAAAAAACUAUUGGAAGAGUCAAGAUGGAUGAGAGAUAUCCCUCCUCCUUCAUCUGCCAAAUUAAAUAUUGUAACAAGAACAAAAGGAAUAACGGGUAGAAAAAGACCAACAAGAGGUGCAAAAGUAGCAACCAAGGAAGUGAUUGAUAUGACACCAGCACCAUCAAAUGAUACAUACGAUGAAGAUGAACCAUUGGAGAAACAAACACAACAACCAAAAUUGGUCAAUAUGGGUAAUAAUAUGUUGGUUCCAAAGUUUGAUCCAACUGCAAUUACCUUAAAGAGUAGAGCUGCUGCUGGCGGUGGAUCAGUUGCAGCAUUAAAGGAGCGUCCAGUCAGCGUAUCCAAUCCAGAAAUGUUAUUCAAAUUGAAAAAGACUGGAAAUCUAUCAUCCUCUUCUGGUGAUGUUGAACCUGUCGACUCGGGUGCAGGUAGUAAUAGUGCAGAUUCAACACCAGUAUUCUCACCAAUCAACUUGAGAAAAACACCCAAUCAACCACCAUCAUCAUCGGGGUUGGGAAGCGCACCCAAUUCCCUACCAUCAUCACCACUUGUACCAUUAAAACGUGUUCAACAACAAUCUGCCAAUCCAAUGGCAUCAUCUUUUGACUCUGCUUUUCUUCCUCCUCCACCUAUGGGUUUCAACAUUUCAUCGGGUUCAUCAUCUCUCUCCAGUAGUAGUAAUAGUAGUUUACCACCACCUCCAUCAUUUGAAGAUCUGCCACCUCCUAUUAGCACCGCAGCAACACUUCCUCCCCCACCACCCUCAUUUGGUUCAUUCCCACCACCUCCACCUAUCCUCUCACCACGUGACCCAGUUCCCAUCCCCUCUCCAUCUUCUUUACCACCUCCCCCAUCUCUAUCCAAUAAUAAUAUUAAUAAUAAUAUAAAUAAUCUACCACCACCACCACUUGCAACAUCAUCAAAGCCAAUUCCAAAAACUUCAAGAUCAAUGCUCAAUUUUCCAUUGCCUGGAGGUGUUAGUUCAACCUCCAACAACAAUAACAACAAUGAGCCCAUCUUUGGAUCUCCACCACCCAUUCCACCUGUUUAUAAAACUCCAUCAAAUAUUCCUGCGCCAAUCAAAGUUAAUAAUAAUAAUAAUAAUAAUAGUAAUAGUAAUAGUAAUCUACCACCUCCACCAACAUUUUCAAAUCUACCACCUCCACCAUUACAAUCAUCCAAUAAUCUACCACCUCCACCAACAUUUUCAAAUCUUCCACCUCCACCUUUACAAUCAUCCAAUAAUCUACCACCUCCACCAUUACAAUCAUCCAAUAAUAAUCUACCACCUCCACCUAAAUUUACGAAUCCACCACCAACUGUACUACCAUCUAUCAUUCCCAACCUUCCACCACCUCCACAAUUUACUACUACAACCAAACAAAAUAUCCCACCUCCUCUUGUCACUAGUAUAUCACAACCAAAGAUGACAUUACCACCAAUGAUGGUCAAACUUCCUCCUCUACAAUCAAAUAAUAGUAUUAAUAUUCAAACACCCAAUGUACCAGUAACAACACCAACAGCAACACAACAACAACAACAAACAACAAGACAAUUAAAACCAGGAUGGAGAGAAUUUUCAACACCAGAAGGUAAAAAAUACUAUCACAACAAAGAUGAAAACAAGACAACAUGGGACUCGAAUGAAGCUACCAUUUCCCCAACCAUCUCUCUACCACCUCCUCCAAUGCCAGCCAAUUUACCACCACCACCUCCACCUCUUGCAUCAGAGGUUGCACAUACAAUCCCACAAGAUUAUUGGAUUGAAUAUACAACUGCCGAUGGUAAAUAUUAUUACCACAACAAAACAAAUAAUACAACUGUUUGGAGUAGACCAACUGGUGUUGAAAUUCAUUUACCAAAACAACAACAACAACAAAAUAAUGGUAAUAAUAGUAAUAAUACAACUGCAACAACAGGAAAAACAACAACUGCAACACUACCAACAUCAACUUCAUCUACAAAUAUUGUCACAAUGAACAAAGAUGAAAAGAAAAGAGUUGGUGGUGUAUUGAGUCUGUUCCUUAAAAAGAGACCAACCAAACAAGACUUGGAAACUAAAUUUUUGGAUCAUCCUGCCGAUGGAGCUACUAAUCUUUCUGUUCAAUCUUCUGAAAAAGGAAAAAAGAAAGGAAGAAAAUAUAAACAAAACAACAAUUAUGGAUAA